AUGAACGGUUUUGCGGACCAUGGCCUCGACGAGGAUGCGUUCGGGGAGAACAGCGGCAUUGCGGCCGGUUUGAGGACGUUCGAUGCUUUUCCAAAGACCAAGCCUACAUAUACCACGGCUAGUCGUCGCGGAGGCCAAUGGACCGUUUUUACCUUUCUCUUUUGUGGUAUCCUUGUGUUAUCGGAGCUCAUCUCCUGGCAUGGAGGAACGGAGAACCAUCACUUUAGUGUGGAGAAAGGUGUUUCAGAGGAAAUACAGCUUAAUCUCGAUCUUGUCGUUCGGAUGCCGUGCGAUUCACUGCGUGUGAAUAUGCAGGAUGCAGCUGGAGAUUUUAUCCUUGCAGCGGAGCUACUUCACAAAACUCCGACCAGCUGGGACGCUUGGAAUCGCGAAAUGAAUUUUGCUGGAAAGGGCGGGUCUCGGCAAUAUCAGACAUUGAGCGCGGAGGAUAAUGUGAGAUUAGCUGAGCAGGAGGAGGAUCAGCAUGUAGGCCAUGUGCUGGGUGAAGUUAGACGGAGCUGGAAGCGACAGUUCCCUCCUGGACCGAAAUUGAAACGUAAAGAUGUGGUCGAUUCAUGCCGGAUUUAUGGUAGUUUGGAAGGAAACAAGGUGCAGGGAAACUUUCAUAUUACCGCAAAGGGACUGGGGUAUUAUGAUCCGACCGGCAUGGUGAAUGUAAAUGAUAUGAACUUCACACAUCUGAUUACUGAACUGUCCUUCGGCCCUCAUUAUCCAACGUUAUUGAACCCACUGGAUAAAACAGUUGCGGCUACAAAAGACAAGUUCUAUAAGUAUCAAUACUAUCUCUCUGUCGUCCCCACAAUCUACACCCGCGCCGGAACCGUUGAUCCGUACAGCCAACGGCUUCCUGACCCUUCCACCAUCACUCCCAGCCAGCGCAAGAAUACCAUCUUCACCAACCAAUAUGCAGUCACCUCCCAGUCUCGUACGAUAUCACAAGGCCCAUACUCCGUUCCAGGAAUCUUCUUUAAAUUCGAUAUAGAGCCUAUCUUGCUGGUUGUGAGUGAGGAACGAGGGAGUUUGCUCGCUCUGCUGGUCAGGCUGGUUAAUGUUGUUUCGGGGGUGUUGGUUGCAGGAGGCUGGGUGUUCAACUUUGCAUUAUGGGCUGUUGAAUUAUGGGGAAGAAAGAGAAGGGGCGCAAAUCUGGGCGUGUUGGGGAAUCAUGAGGCUGAAGAGUAG